GACAACGUCAAAUGCUACAUAUUAUAAGUGGUAAAAUGACUCAAUACUAAAUAUAUUUAAGUCUGUGGAGCAAGCCGUAGAUAAGUAGUUUUUACACUUAUUAUUUUAAAAAGCUACAUACUUCCUAGUUCAUAAAAUCAUUUUAUUAACGAGCACAUACAUAUGUAGAUACUUACUAAACACUAGGUUCAUUUAAAUUUGAUUGAUUUGAAAGUGAUCCUUAUAUUGAUGUAAGAUGUCAAAAAGACCAGAACACCAGGCACCGCCUGAAGUUUUUUAUAAUGAUGAAGAGGCUAGAAAGUAUACACAAAACUCCAGGAUCAUAGAAAUCCAAGGACAAAUGACUGAGAGAUGCUUAGAAUUACUUCUAUUACCGGAAGAUUCAUCUUGCUUGUUGUUGGAUAUUGGAUGUGGUUCAGGAUUAUCUGGUACAGUGCUAGAAGAAAAUGGACAUAUGUGGAUUGGGAUGGACAUAUCAUCUUCAAUGCUUGAUGUUGCUGUAGAGAGAGACACUGAAGGUGGUUUAGUUCUGGCUGAUAUGGGUGAAGGUGUCCCGUUUAGAGCAGGUUGCUUUGAUGGAGCAGUAUCCGUAUCAGCUAUACAAUGGUUAUUUAAUGCUGAUAAGAAAACUCAUAAUCCAGUGAAAAGACUAAACAAAUUCUUCACCACUUUAUAUUCAAGUUUGUCAAGGUCUGCUCGAGCUGUCUUCCAAUUUUACCCUGAGAAUGAGAAGCAAUUAGAACUCCUAACGACACAGGCAAUGAAAGCUGGCUUUUAUGGAGGAGUUGUAAUUGACUAUCCAAAUUCUGCCAAAGCAAAGAAGUUCUUUUUAGUUUUAAUGACUGGUGGCGUUGGUCCUUUACCUCAGGCUUUAGGUACUGAAGAACCAGACAGUCUUCAAGUUAAAUAUGCUAAAAGAGAAGCUACAAAAGGGAUAAGAGGAAAACCUAUAAAGAACUCAAAAGACUGGAUUUUGGAGAAGAAAGAACGAAGAAGGAAACAGGGCAAAAUUACAAAACCUGACACUAAAUACACAGGAAGAAAAAGAAGUGGUCGAUUCUAAAAUAAAAACUGUUUAUUAUUUUGUAUAUCUAAGUAAAUAAAUUUGUUGCAACUUAA